AGGCUAGCCGAGUCCGGGCAGGCGUGUCAGGUUUCAGCCUCAGCUCCAGCCACUCAGAGCGCGGCACGAUGUGGGGGGCCCGCCUCAGGCUCUGGGUCUGUGCCCUGUGCAGCGUCUGCUGUGGGGGCGUCGUCGGAGCCUCUCCCAACGACUCUCCGCUGCUCGGCUCCAGCUGGAGUGGCCUGACCCACCUGUACACGGCCACAGCCAGGAACAGUUACCAUCUGCAGAUCCACAAGGACGGCCACGUGGACGGCACGCCCCAGCAGACCAUCUACAGUGCCCUGAUGAUCACAUCAGAGGAUGCUGGCUUCGUGGUGAUCACAGGUGUGAUGAGCAGAAGAUACCUCUGCAUGGAUUUCAGAGGCAACAUUUUUGGAUCACUCGUCUGGGGACACCCGGGAGGAAUCCUCCCACCGGCCUUUGGCAAACGCAACCGGUUAUCUCGAGGGACCCCUCUGCGCCCCGAGGAUGCGGAAGGCGGGGUGAUGUGUGCAGUGAGUGACUUCUCCCCGUUCCCUUCCCGGGGCUCCCCCGAGACUCGGCCUCUGAGGCCUGAGUCGGGGGCAACGUCGCCUUCCGAGCCCCACAGAUACACCUUUCCGAAUAGGAACCCCAGCGGGUGA